AGAAAAGGUCGCAAAACGUCGAGGACGACAAAAAUCAUGGUAAGAGCCGACAACGCAGCACCGGUUACCCUCCGCGCCCGUAAAUUCAUCACCAACCGCCUUUUGGCGCGCCGUCAGUUUGUUCUCGAUGUUCUCCACCCAUCGCGACCCAACGUACCACGAGACGAGCUCGCAGAGAAAUUGGCUACCAUGUACAAGACAGAAAAAGCACGCGUAGUCUGCUUUGGUUUCCGAACACAAUUCGGUGGUGGACGUAGCACUGGGUUUGCGCUGAUUUACGAUGAUGAGGCAUCACAGAAGAGGUUCGAGCCUAAACACAGACUGGUCAAGUCUGGCCUUGCGACCAAGGUUGACAAACCUUCACGUAAACUGCGACACGAGAGAAAGAACCGCGCGAAGAAGUUCCGUGGUACCAAGAAGACCAAGGCUGCCGAACCCGCCAAGAAGGGCAAGUAAACAUUGCCCUCUCACAUUGGUUUAUCUCCGUUUCUUGCUCGAGUGCACCCUUAUUAUCGAGAAGCUGUACUAUGGCAUAUGUCACACCACAACCACAUCCAUGAAUCAUAUGCACAUGCGUGGCUCACAAGCAUUUCCAUUGGCAUUCGCGCAUUUUCUAAGAGUAUUACAAGACCAGUUGGCUAUUUUGGGUAUCGAUGUAGUGGUAAUAUAGUCGAGCAUGAAGUUCUAGCACCAGGGGAUGAAACACAAAGUAAAGCUUUAGAAGCCAAGCUUUUUGUGGAUGAUAUCUGGAUCUUCUUGAUACUCCUCUGCUGAUACCCACAUCUGUGGAUAUGUUUCAGAACCGCCCACACAAAACAAG